CCAAGAUGCCCGGCGCCGGAGUCCAUCCCUUGUUCAGCUCAGGUUCUUACUGGUAUUUUUUGACGUGACUAGGCAUCAGUUAAUUACGCGAAGAUGACCGGCGCCGGAGCGACUUCGCCGAGGAAACACUUGGCCGCUUGUUGUCUAUCGCACGAGUUCCACAAACGCGCGUCCGCUAACCCAAACGGGAUUGCAGUGAUACACGCUUGCGGCGGUGGUCGGCUUUCGCAAGAUUUCCGCCUCAAUGAGAAAGAAGACAGUAGCGGGCAAACCUCAAUCGGAUUCGAUGAGCUCGUACCGGAGAAGAGGGUUUCAUUUCACCCUAUAACUUACGAAGGCGAUAUCUGCUUCACUUUCUCUGACAUUCUCUCGGCCGUCGAAUCUCUUAGUUCAAGGCUCCGCCGGAUUCUCGACGGCGUUGAUGUUUCUCUUCCUAUUGAACAGCAUUCAGGGAAUGACACACUCAGGGAUGAGUCAGUACAGGUUAAGAAUUCUGGAUCUAUGGAUUCUUCUGGUCCACGUGUACACCGGUUCAAUGAAUCUCAAAAGACAUAUACUCCAAAAGUAAUCGGAAUAUAUAUGGAGCCAUCUAUUGAAUAUAUUGUUACAGUCCUCUCUGUACUAAGAUGUGGAGAGGCUUUUAUGCCUUUGGACCCAUCAUGGCCUAACGAGAGGAUAUCACGAGUACUAUCAUUUUCAAAACCAGAACUUGUUGUUGGUUGUAGGUCUCCGGUUUAUAGUAGUUUUCACAGCAUCGAUAAGUUAGAUUGGCUCUUUCAUGAUGCAAGCUGUCCUAUUUUCUCUAUACGUAUUGAAGAUUACAUAAAAAAGAAUGAUUCUGUUUCGUUGGAUUUAGUGUGGCCUUGUGAAAGAGUAAGGUUAAGAUCAUUCUGUUACCUGAUGUACACAUCUGGGUCUACCGGGGAGCCUAAAGGUGUAUGUGGCACUGAAGCAGGUCUUCUGAAUCGCUUUUUAUGGAUGCAAGAAUUGUACCUCUUACAUCUUGAAGAUCGGUUGCUCUUCAAAACAUCAAUAAGCUUCAUCGAUCAUUUGCAAGAGUUUCUUGGAGCUCUGCUUGCCACUUGUACGUUGGUUAUACCCCCUUUCAAUCAGCUCAAAGAAAAUCUGUUUUAUAUUGUCAAUAUUUUACAGGAUUACUCGAUUGGGAGGAUUAUAGCUGUUCCAUCACUUAUGAGAGCAAUACUUCCUGCACUCGAAAGUGCACAUUUAAAGACUAUUCAAAGUUCUUUGAAAGUUUUAGUAUUAAGUGGUGAAAUUUUACACCUUUCCCUGUGGAAGGUCCUUGUGAGGUUACUGCCCCGGACUGCUAUUUUGAAUUUAUAUGGGAGUACAGAGGUUUCUGGUGAUUGUACAUACUUUGAUUGCAAGAAUUUACCUCUGAUCUUGGAGCUUGAAAAUCUGAGUGAUGUUCCUAUCGGUUUGCCUUUGUACAAUUGUGAUAUUCUGCUCCAUGGAGAUGGUGAUCCCAAUGAAGGAGAGAUAUGUGUCAGUGGACUCUGCCUUUCAGCAGGAUACUUUAAUUAUCCAUCUGUUUUGCCAUUGGACUAUGUAGAAUUAUCUCAGGGCUAUGACACUGAUAGCACCAACCAUAGAGUUCAACGAUAUUUUAGAACCGGGGAUUUUGCUAGAAAACUUCAAAACGGGAACUUUGUUUUUAUAGGUAGAAAAGACCGCACUGUAAAGAUUAGUGGGCAGCGUAUUGCUUUGGAGGAGGUUGAAAAUGUUUUGCAGGAACAUCAAGAAGUGGCUGAUGCCGCUGUUAUUUUCCGUAAUGGAGAUAUUUCUCUCCUGGAAGCGCAUCUGAUAAUGAAGGAUAAGAGUGAACAAGUUGACAUAUUGGGUUCUAUUAUGAAUUGGAUAGCUAGAAAACUCCCCCCGGCUAUGGUUCCUGUUCGUUUCAUCUUUGCCGAGUCAUUUCCCACGUCUUUCAGUGGAAAAGUGGAUUACAACCUAUUGGCAAGUAGUUGUGUGUGCAACACAGUGUUCAACAGCGGGGUCGAUGAAACUCAAGAUUUGGAUCUGAUUCAAACUAUCAAGAAGGCUUUUUGUGAUGGUCUAAAGGUUGAUAACAUCUCUCAUAAUGCUGAUUUUUUUGAGAUGGGUGGUAAUUCUAUUUCCGCUGCCUAUGUCUCUUACACUUUAGGAAUCAAUAUGAAGGACUUGUAUACUUUCCCAACACCAAAGAAGCUUCAGUUGGCACUUCUGAGAAAUGAAGUUUCAUCCAUUCAUGAUCUUACAUCACGUGCUUCAAAAGGAGUGGAUUACAAAGCGCCAGACAACAGUAAGUCUCUUUCUGUCAAUUCAAAGGAACCAUGUCAUAGUAGAAGAGUGCCCCUUAGCAGACAAUCUAUGAAGCGCCUUAAGAUGAAUCCUGACAGAUCUAUUGAUGUUAGUGCAAGAGAUGAUUCCAAUUCCAACUUGGAUCUUAUCAAAUGUUCAUUUAGUCGAUGCAACCAUGUGAAGCAUGCAGAUAAAUGCGGGGGGGAUAAAUGCUAUAUUGUGCGCAUGCAAGAAUUUCCAAGCGAUGGAAAAGUUUCAAUACGAGAAUACUGGAAAGUUCACAUGGACUCUUGUGUUGAUGCAUCACCACUAGUCGUGUAUACAGAAAGUGAUGUCUAUGUGCUUAUAGGAUCUCACUCCCACAAGUUUGUUUGUAUAAAUGCCAACAGGUACGGAUGAUUUGGACAACUUUAAUUAAGAAUCUCAAUAUAUCAUCUUUUUCCUAAAUUCAUAACAUGAUUUUCAUCCUAUUGAGCUGAUCCCAGACAAACCAGUGUGAAUGGUGUGCUUAUCUAAAUGUUCAAAACUGUUUUCUCAAAACACUAGAGUGACUUGAAGUUUGGUAUUUUGGCAUAAAAUUUGUAUUGUAAG